GGAUAACAUGCUUUUGAAAAACGUAUGUUGGGAGGUUUCUGGUGAUAGUUGGUUGAUUUUUUAAGAUAAAAUGAGUGACUUUCAAGAACCUCCUUUGGACGUAAAGCCAAACAGCCCAAACAGUCCUGAUGAAGAUAAAACAAACAUACGAUGGCUAGUUUGGCACAGUAAUUGCAUGCUUUUCGGGACUUUGGUGCUUACCCCACUGGGAAUGGUUGUCUCCCGAUAUUUCAAGGAUACAUGGACACUCACACCUUUCUUUGACAGACCUAUCUGGCAAUUGGUCCACAUUGUGUAUAUGAUUUCCGCUUUUGUGAUCAUGGUCAUCGGUGUCGUUUUGGGAAUGGUCUACGGUUCAUCGAUAAUCAGGGAUUACACUGGCGAUGAAAAUGUCCACCGCUUGAUUGGGUGGUUAACCUUAGGCUUGUUUGGAAUUCAACUAUUUGCAGGAAUUUGGUUGCCCAAUGCUGAUGAAAGCUAUCGAUACAUUUUUCGUAUCGCGCACUGUGCAAUAGGAAGGAUUACAAGCUUUGUUCUUUUGAUUCUUUCUCUCUUGUCUGGAAUGCUGACUGCUGCACAGUUUCCAUAUUUCUCAAGCGUCAUCAUACUAUUUUGGAUCCUGUUUGCUGUUGUGAUGCAUAUAUGUUUUGCGUAUUUCAUGCACGAGGAUGACAAGGAAAUUUUAUCGCUGGAAGAAGAUGGCUUUCUAAUGUACUACCGCACCUUCCUCCCACUUCCACUGCCUGCUUUAACGAACAAGAAGCACAAACUUCGCGUACUGUCCGACCAAGCUUUUUAUUUUCUAAUGAUGUUAUUUUUGAUCACCAGUAUUUCUGACUACAAAUUUUGCAUGAUAAAUAGGGAGCAAGCUUACGACUCAUAUUAUAUUUAUGGUUUCAAUUUGGAGCGGCUGCAGCCUUCAUCGCAAUUUUCAUAUCGAAUUCGGAAGGAUAUGGAGAAUACCAUUGCAAUGUUUGGGAAUUUAUCCAGUUCAACUGUUCCAGCUAUGUGCCCCAUAUUCGAUACUGAAGUAAUAUUGCUAAUUAAAAUGUCAGAGUUUACUGGAUCUAUGGGACUAGUUUCAUAAAUGAUUAUAUAAAUCGUGCAUGUGACUCGCAAACUUCCAAAAAAUAUUUUCAUUCAAUUUUACGUGUAUGACAUCAUUACAAUAAGAAUGAAUACCUCUGGACCGGUUUUAUCAUGCAUGAAUAGUAAACAAUAAACAGGCAAGAUUCCCCACAAAUCCUUCCUUACAAUAUGUACUACUAGCAGUUGAAUUUGACUCGUAGUCAGCCAUUAAAGUUGUUUUGGGCCCAAAGGAUUACCAACCAGCUACGCAAAACAGCAUUUUUUAAUUAUUGGGAUCUUAUUUAACAAGCACUUGUGACUUUCGAGAAAUACUCGUCGUAUCUUUAAUUUGGAGAAUGUAUGUACAUGCAUAUAAACGUAUUCGCAGAAUUC